CAUUCCCAUCUCGCCGGAAUCCUUACCGCCACCAUGUCAACCCCCGGUGGUAGCAUAAGGAACUCCACCGUCUCCACUCCUAUCGGCAGCAAACGAAACUCCAACGUCUCCACGCCUGGCGGCAGUCGACGAAACUCCAACUUCGAAGAAGAGAAUAGCGAUCAUAUCCAUUCUGAACGAACACCCGAUCAUCUACUUUAUGAAAGCGAAUUCUCAGGCUUGAAGCGUCACGAUUCCUUAGAUAUCGAGGCCGCUAAAAUUGGCGGCCACCACGGUCACCAUAACACUAAGGAUUGGGGAGUGAUACUAAGACUUGCUUUCCAAAGUAUCGGAGUGGUCUAUGGCGACAUCGGGACAUCGCCGUUGUACGUGUACUCAAGCACGUUUACGAAAGGGAUCAAACACGAAGAUGACAUCUUGGGUGUUUUGUCACUGAUCUUCUACACGAUAACCCUAAUUCCUGUUAUUAAGUACGUGACAAUUGUUUUGCAUGCCAAUGAUAACGGUGACGGGGGUACUUUUGCGUUGUACUCGAAAUUAUGUCGAUAUGCAAAAAUAGGUUUGAUCCCAAGCGAACAACCAGAGGACCGGGAGGUUUCGAAUUUCCAACUUGAAUUGCCAAGCAAACGUAACACAAUAUCAUCAAAGGUCAAAAAUAAUCUGGAGCAAAGCGGCUUUGCUAAGUUUGCACUUCUUUUCGUUGCGAUGCUUGGGACUUCUAUGGUCGUUGGUGAUGGCAUCCUGACUCCUUCAAUAUCAGUAUUAUCCGCUGUAUCAGGACUGAAAGAAGCAACGGAUUCAAUGACAGAAGGGAGGAUCGUGAUAAUAUCAGUGAUAAUCUUGAUAAUUUUAUUCAUGGUCCAAAGGUUUGGAACUGAUAAAGUUGGCUACGGGUUCGCCCCCAUUAUUAGUGUCUGGUUUUCGCUCAUUGCUGGAAUUGGCGUGUACAAUUUCAUCAAGUACGACCCUUCAGUCGCAAAAGCAAUAAACCCUAAAUACAUCGUCGAUUAUUUCAAACGAAACGGAAAAGAUGGGUGGAUUUCGCUCGGUGGAGUAGUUCUUGCCAUUACAGGAACCGAAGCCAUGUUUGCUGAUCUUGGACACUUUACGGUUAAAUCGAUACAAAUAAGCAUGGGUUGUGUGGUUUAUCCUGCUAUAAUCACUGCCUAUAGCGGCCAGGCAGCAUGGCUAAGAAAGCAUAGUGAAUUAGUGGGGGACACAUUUUAUAAGUCACUUCCAAGCGCUUUGUACUGGCCGGUUUUCGUGGUGGCUGUGAUGGCCGCGAUUAUAGCAAGUCAGGCUAUGAUAUCUGGGACAUUCUCCAUCAUCAAACAAUCACUUUCGCUAGGAUGUUUUCCUCGUGUUCAAGUCGUGCAUACUUCAGCUAAGUAUGAAGGGCAAGUUUACAUACCUGAAAUGAAUUAUCUUUUAAUGAUUGGUUGUGUUUUAGUAACGGCUUCAUUCAAAACUACUGCAAAGAUCGGUAAUGCUUACGGAAUUGCGGUGAUAUUUGCUGAGACUCUAACCUCUGGAUUUUUGGUGGUGAUCAUGCUUGUUAUAUGGAAAACCAAUAUACUUCUCGUGAUGUUAUAUGUGCUUGUGAUUAGCUCCACAGAAUAUCUUUACUUAAGUGCAGUUUUCUACAAAUUCGCGAAAGGUGGAUACUUGCCAUUUACAUUUGCUCUCGUGCUAAUGUUCAUAAUGUGCACUUGGAACUAUGUUUACCGAGCAAAAUACAACUAUGAGCUUGAUCACAAAGUGUCACAAGAAGCCAUAAAAGACAUUGCUACAGACCCGAACAUUAGUCACAUGGGAGGACUUGCAAUUUUCUAUUCGGAGCUCGCCCAUGGCAUUCCACCAAUCUUCAAACACUAUGUUAACAAUGUGCCUGCUUUACAUUCGGUCAUAGUGUUUGUUUCCAUCAAGUCGUUGCCAGUUAGUAGAGUGGCACCAGAAGAGAGGUUCUUGUUUAGAAGAGUGAAGCCAAACGAGAUGUAUGUUUUUAGGUGUGUGGUUAGGUAUGGGUACACUGAUGUCCGCAAUGAAAAAGAGUCAUUCGAGAAGAUUUUGAUCGAACGCCUGAAGGAUUUCAUUGCAUUUGAUUUUGGAACUGACCCACAACAAGGUCGUAUUGCGGAUGAGGAUGUUGUGAAACUAGACAAAGCUUGGCGAUCUGGAGUCGUGCACUUGGUGGGCGAACACGAGAUUGUGUCGAGGGACGGGUCUUCGCUCGGGAAAAGGUUCUUGAUCAAUUAUGCUUACAAUUUUAUGAAGAAGAACUUGAGGCAAAGUUAUAGCGUGUUCGAUGUUCCUCAUAAGAAGUUGUUGAAGGUUGGAAUGACUUAUGAGCUUUAAGGAGAAUGAUUCCUAAAUGCUUGGAACUUCCUUAUAGAUAAAUAUGUCAUUAGUUUCAAUAGAGACAUGACACAAAUUUACUUUAUAGAUGUGGUUUUUUACGUCUUUCGUUAUAAGGUUUAUGUUUUUCUUUGUGUUUUUUAUUUUUGUUUUGUUUUGCUUUGCUUUGCUUUCUCUUAUUACUUUUUUUUUUUAAAGGAAAAACUUUAUAAUGAAAUUGUAAAUUUCUUAAUGUAAUAAAGAAAGUAUUAUACAUAA